AUGUAUGUGGCUGCUCGGCAGUCCCAUAACCCGUUGUACGUCGAAGACUUGGAGAAGAGGGCAGCAGUGGAGGGGAUAUGUCUCCAAGACGGAACUUCCCAGGAUCCGAACGUCAAGGCAUUCACGUUUGACAUGGAACCCUCGGGCUUUUUCGACUUUUAUGAGAGGUGUGAGGUCCACUAUUGCAAAUACUCCAGAGAGGGACCAUAUUGGGGCGGCAUGGGACCCGACAUGUCGCGAAGCAGAGUUGGGCGUUUGGGACAGCAUGGGAAUCCCGGAGCAGAUGCCCUUGGAUUUGCAGGUUUUAGAUAG